AUAAAUUGACCUUCUCUGAUCACAGAGGCUCCUCGUCCACAUCCUUGAGCUGCUGCGCAAUCAGAUCUUCUUCUUCUCCUAGGAAACCAGAGCGAAGCAAUGGGACACUCUAACGUCUGGAACUCUCACCCCAAGACCUACGGUCCUGGUUCUCGCGCUUGCCGCGUGUGUGGGAAUCCCCAUGCAAUCAUCAGGAAGUAUGGCCUCAUGUGCUGCAGGCAGUGCUUCCGCAGCAAUGCCAAGGAAAUUGGCUUCAUCAAGUAUCGCUAAAGAGUGAGCUUGUCACCUGCUCAACCUAUUUUAGUUACUGGCAUUAGGAUGUUUUGGGGAUCUAUGUUUUUGAAGAAACUUGAGUCUUGUUUUAUUUUUGCAUCUGGUUUAUUAUGAGACUUAAUUUGUAGUAAGAAUCCUUUUACAUAUUUUCUUUUUACUAUUGACCUCCCCAAUUGUGAUCCUUUAAUAUUUCAGAAGUCUUUUUGCUUUA